AUGGCGAGCUUAAGGCUCAAUAUGAACACUUCUCAAGAAGUGAUCCUUCAUCAAAUUUGUGAAAUUGUCAAAAGUGAAAAUAUUAAAGAUUUGCCUAACCAUGUGCAAGAAAAAAUAAACCAUUUUCUUUUAGAAUUUUAUGAAAAGAACAAAUUUUUUACAUGUACAGAGCUAGAAAAUAUAAACAGUUUGUUAGCAUUACUCAUAAGUAAUUUUAAGGAGAGUAUAAAUGAAAAAUUUUAUGAACAUAUUUUGCUUCAGCAUUUUAAAAAUGCAUCUACGUCAUUUGUAAAGACAAACAUAAUUGAGGAAGAAUCAUAUGUAAACCAGACCAAACAGUACUUUUUAUGUUUGCUAGAUUUAGUCAUUCAUUUGAAGAAGAGGAAACAAAAGGAAAAGGGAGACACAACAAAUUCAGAUGAAUCAUAUUGCUUGAUUGUGUCUAUAGUGAAAUAUUUGAAUGCAUUCCUGGUGUCCACAUUAAGGCUAAUAAAAGACAACUGCUUCCCACACUUGUAUUUUAUGAUUAUACGUGAAGGGAAGAUUAUAGAGACUUUGAGAAUUGCAUAUGGUCAGAAUGAGGAAUUAGAUGAGGACAUUAUUCAUAGUUUUCUUUUAUUAAGUGAACGAAAAGAAUUUGAUGGAGAUAUAAUAAAAUGUGGAAUCCUAAAUAAGUUUAUAACAUCGAAGAUACUACUGCAAUUUAAUGGUUCUUACAAAAAUUCCUUACUUAUUCAAGUAAUAAUAAAUGUGAUUGUGCGAAAUUUGAAAAAGGUGAAUAUAUUCACAUCUAAGAGUGAGCUACAAUUUAUGAACUCUAUGCUAGGAAUUGUAUAUGAUAAGGUUAAAAAAGAAAAUUUCGAUUCAUCUUGUAUUCACAUGUUAAGGUUAAUUUCGUGCAUAAUUGAGGAAUGCAGUAUUUGCAUUGAUUCUCUGUUAUUUAGUUAUCACAUUAGAAACGGAUUGCAUAUUGAGGACAAUUUAUUUUUUGAAAACAUAAAUAAAUUAAUCACUCAUGUAAAUUGUCUUGUUCAGUCGGCUAACUUUUGCAACAAUGAGUGUACGAAAAAUUCACCAUUUUCUGAUUUUCUUUGCGUCUUUUUCUGCAUCUUGCAAAAUAUACUGCAAGCUGUGCUGAAUCAGGAUGGUGAAUUGCACUUGUGUGGACUUGACUCUUCAGAACGACAUGAAAAUUUGUGGAGUCACGAAAGUUUGAGUCGUUUUCCCAACAUUCCGUGGAUGAAGUUUCGCAAAAACGAGGAAAUGAAUAGAGAAGCAAAAAACAUGGUUCGCAAUAUUUUGGACUUGUCUCUGAACUUUUUAGACCACAAUAGUUCUCCCCUCCACGAAAAGGUGAUACCCAUAAUGAGCCAUAUUGCAAUUCAAGGAACGAAUGAAGAACGAGAAAACUAUUUAUACGUAAAAUAUGUUGAAGUUUUAUUUAGUUUGUGCUUUUAUAAUGAAGAAGUGUGUAAGGAAUAUUUUACUGUAGAACUUAUCAAGAUUAUAGAAAAACAUUAUUUAGAACUUGAUAAGAAUAAACAAUGUGAAAGCGUAAAAAAAAAGGAAGGACAUAAUUUAUUAAAGCUAUACUAUUUUGGUAUACUAUACACAUUCAUAAAAAUUAAUUUAAAUAAUGAGAACGUGAAUAUUUUACUCCCUUUCGUUAAUUAUAUAAUACAGCAUGAAUUGAAAAAAAAAAUAUUCUUACUUGAGAACAAGUUCUUCUAUUUACUCUUUUUGAAGUUUUUAAAUAUGUCUUUGUUGAAUAAUUUAUAUGAUUUUAAAAAAUUUGUCCAAGGUAUUUCCUUCUUACACUUUCUGAAAAUUGCUAGAGGCCUCGUGUUAAAUAUCCUCUUGCAGUGGGUAGAAAGAGAUUCAUCAUUGGAGCUAAUCAAAACUCACGUAAAGAAGAAUAAACAAAUAUUUCAUAUUUUACUAGAAUUUUGGGUACACAUUCAGGUCGUACAUAGAAAGAGUGGGACAAAUAUGUUGGCUACUUCUCUCAAAUGGAAGAAUGUUUUGUACACAAUACAUUACAUAUUUAAAAGACUGACAAAUGGGUUUACCGAUUAUCUUAAUUACUUUUCUGAAAAUGAGGACCUUCUUAACAAUUUUAAGUGUGUAAUGACUUUCCAAGAGAGAACAGUGUUAGAAAUAUAUUCCGGUAUACGUCAGGAUAUUGAAGCAAACCGAAUGAUAAUUCUGGAAAAGGAUAGAAACUGUCUUAACGACAAGAUAAAAACGUUAGAAGAAAAAAUAGAACAAAUGGAAAAAAGGCUCCAUGUUGCUUCGGAAGCAAGAUAUCAGAAAAAUGUUAACGCGUUGGAGAAUUAUUAUAAUUACGUACGGGGAGAAGGAUGA